CAAUUAACAGUUUAACCCCAUAGUUUGCUACCUAGGCCUACAAUACGCCUUGUCGCCUUCUAGUCUUCUAGACCAGCUGAAAUUACCAUACUCCGGACUUUCGAAACUUUGAUUUUAGGGUUACAAAUCUUACAAUCAACGUUUGGAUUUUUAAUCACAUUAAAAUGGAGUUUAGAGAUUUAAUCAAAGACAAGAAAUUUUGGGUCGCCUCCCUCUUGAUUGCUUGGGCUGCUGGACUUCAGGGGCAUAUGAUGUGGUUACAAAGGCAGGAUGCAUUCAAGCAGAAAUUUGGGAAUUUAGACGAAAAUGAUGAUCAGAAGAAUUUAAAUUGAAUGUGGGUUGCAAUUUGAGAAUUUGGGUUUUUCAGUAUGUAAUUGGUAGUUGAUAAAAUAGCAAGGAUUAUUGUAGAAUGUAUUGUAUUGAAUCUACUUGUGAAUGAACUAUUUUGCAAAUAACAAAAUUAUUCUACUAGUUUUGAUUUGAAAAAGUAAUUAUUCAUUUUAUUGUAAUUGUUAUGGAUUCUUUCUAUGAGGUUAAAUCUUAUAAAUGGUGUGUUUUGCUGAAAA